CAUUUAGUUCACAGCAAUCGUAGAAAAGCAAGACAAUUGCAUAGUUUGAUAUUAACUCAAAUACAAUUAUUUAUAGCAAUUUCCCCAUGGAGUUAGGAUACGUUUACUUCACAUACUGUUGUUUGGAGAUGAACAUUUAGAAAAACAGCAGCACCAUUUUAUUCCACUGAGAGGGAUAGGAACCAAUGCGUCCAUGUUGACUGCUCUUCGGUUGGUGUUAGGUGUCGCACUGUUGGUCCCAUCUUGGCUACAUUGUAGAUCGGAGAGGAGAGCAAGCCCGUCCAUAUUACAGCUGCUGUGUCAGGUACCAAAUACCUCUAAAUGGCGUUGUCAUCUCCUCAUAUUCACAACAGAAACAUUUCCUGGGUUAUCGGUUUCCAUGGUGAUGGACCCUCCUGGUGGGCGAGAUGAGCGAAGGAGACAGGCGGAGCGUCUUCGACGGGAGGAGGCGUACUAUCACUUCAUCAACGAGCUAAGCGAAGAAGAAUACCGUCUCAUGAGGGACAGUAACCUUCUGGGCACACCUGGGGAGGUGACGGCAGAGGAGCUGCGGCAGCGCCUGGACGGAGCGAAGGAGCGCGUGUCGUCCCAGCCCCGCCCUGAGCCACGCCUGCAGAACCCUGAGGCAGGAGAGGAGAGCAGCAGUGGGGCUGCUGAGCCAGGAACGGAGACCUCAAACGGGGACUCACUGCUGGAGUGGCUGAACACGUUCCGGCGUACUGGCAACGCCACCCGCAGCGGGCAGAGCGGAAACCAGACCUGGCGCGCGGUCAGCCGCACCAACCCCAACAGCGGGGAGUUCCGCUUCAGCCUGGAGAUCAACAUCAACCACGAGCAGCCGGAGCCAGGGGAGCACAGUGAGGCUCCCGACCCCACGGAGCUGCCCCUUCCCCCCUCAUCCACGGCCUCAGCCUCCAUACGCACUGCCCCCUACACGCCCCCCCCCCGGCCAUCGCCCUACACCCCCCCAAGGAUCACACCGUACACCUCGGCACGCCCCACUUUGAGUAGGAGGGCUCAGACACGGCGCACUCGCAGCAGCACCACCCCUCCGGUCACCGCCCCACCCCCCUCUACCCCGGUGGCUCCUGUCACCCCGGCUCCAAGAAGAGGUGUGGCCUUGCACCUCCCAUCCGCCCCUCCCGUUGUGCCCCCUAGCCCUCACAAUCCGAGUAGCCUCUCUCUGGCUCAGCCCCCCAGAGCAGCUGUGGCGGAGGGGCAGGAGGAGGCGGCUGCUGCCCCAGACUGUCCCCGCGUGGCCCUCCAGGCCGGCGGCUUCCCGGGGCCGCUAGCGGGUCGAGAGCCACGCAGCAGCAGGACUCGAUCCCGCGGACGGAUCCGCAGGGCGACCGCAGGGGUCGGGGCCUCCUCCCGGUCGUCACGGCGAAGCCGGUCCCCUCUGCAGAGGAGCCCCGCCCCCGGCGUUGCCCUGCCCUCUAGUGGCGGCAGCAGCAGCAGCAGCUCCAACGCCCACACUGCCGAGCCUGGCCAUGGAACCCCCUCUGUUCCCAUAGCGACGGCGGAGGCUGCAGCAGAGCCGGCUCCUCUGACGGAGCCCAUCCCAGAGGCGGGGGAACAGGAGGGUGAGUCGCACGCGGCCGGCGGAGCGGGAACAGGCGUGCGGCGACACCCCACCAUCAUGCUGGAUCUGCAGGUGAGGCGGAUCCGUCCGGGGGAGAACCGGGACCGGGACAGCAUCGCCAGCAGGACACGCUCGCGGGCCCGAGCCGCGGAGAACACCGUCACCUUCGAGAGCGACAGCGGCGGCUUCCGGCGCACCAUCUCCCGCUCGGAGCGGGCCGGGAUCCGAACCUACGUGAGCACCAUCCGGAUCCCCCUGAGGCGCAUCAGCGAGACAGGGCUGGGGGAGCCCAGCUCCACCGCCCUCAGGUCCAUCCUGCGGCAGAUCAUGACGGGCUUCGGAGAGCUCAGCUCUCUCAUGGAGACGGAGGCCGACUCGGAGAGCGCCGCGCCCGCCCACCCCGACCCCAACGGCCCCAACGUCACAGCCACCGCGCAGGCCUACCGGAUCCACAGCAACGAGGGCAUGCUGGGCCACGUGGGCGCCGCGGGGGCGGAGCCUGCGAGGGAGGGGCUAGCGGGGACGGUGGAGGAGGAGGCUCAGGCGAGGUUAGGAGGGGGCGUGGCCAACCCCAACGAGGGCCGGCCCACCAGCAGGGACACCAACAACCUGGUGGAGAACGGAACGCUGCCCAUCCUUCGGCUGGCACACUUCUUCCUGCUCAACGACGAGGAGGACGAGGAACACCCUCGCGGCCUGACCAAAGAGCAGAUCGACAAUCUGGCCACGCGCACCUACGGCCAGGCCAGCUUGGAGGGCGAGCUGGGCCGAGCGUGCAGCGUCUGCAUCAACGAGUACGCCCAGGGCAACAAGCUGCGCCGUCUGCCCUGCGCCCACGAGUUCCACAUCCACUGCAUCGACCGCUGGCUGUCUGAAAACAACACCUGCCCCAUCUGCAGGCAGCCCAUCCUCGCCGUACACCAAGACUGACCCCUGACCCCGGGCACCACCUCGCCCCCUGCAGGCCUAACCGAGCAUGCCCGAGCGGGCCGUGCAUGUACAUAGUGCUUUCAUGUCUUCAUUUCAUCGAGAGAUAUCCGUCGUGUUCCAGCUGUAAAAGUAGAGCCACAAGCGGGGAAGAAAAAGGAAAAAAAAGACUAAAACAAUAAAUGCAGAGAAUUAACAAAGCUUUAUUUUUUUAGAUUCCUCAUUUUGUUUUCAGCACUUUUGUUUUUACGUUCUUUUCUUGCAUUACUGUUUUGGGGCGUCUGUCACAAUGCUUUGGAGCUCUAUGUUAACAGAUAGCACUAACGCUUAAAGGAGCUUCACUAGCUGUUGCUGACUAGUCUCACUGACUCUAACUAAGCCUGAUCCCUGUGGCUCCUCAUCACAAACGGACUACAGCAAUCAAUCUCUGGACUUGAUUUGAUCAAACCAUGUAAAUAUAAGUCACCGCCGCCUGUGUGAGAGGUUGAAGUUAAGGUUUGUACGUAAUGGCAGUAACAGAAGAAGAAGAAAAAAAACAUUGUUUUAAAGCUCUGACAUCUUUCUUUUAAAGUGUACUCGCAGAAGUUUACCCAAUAUUUGUUUUAUUUGACAGCAGUUGCCUCAUGUGUUUUCUAUUACACUUUUGAUUUUACUUCCAAUAAGCCAGUGGUCCAUCAGAGUGUGUUGCAUUAUUACUCUUGUGUCUUCCAUAGACACACAUUAGACAGUGACAGGGGUCAAUUCAGAAACACGGGCAACACAUCAAAACUUAAACACCCCUAGAAAGCUGAUGAUAAUCAAGUAUCUGGUAAAGGCACGAUGCAGAGAGCCCUUCUGGUAGACCCACAGUCUGCUGGGGUAUUCUGGACGGGAACGUUCACGAUAGAAAAAGAGCAGUGCAACAACACACAAAUUGGGGGGGGGGGGGGGGGAGUACAGUUUUGUUUAUCUGUUUGUUUACACCACGUAACCCUGGGAAACGGAGUGCCCCCUCAGAAUGUCUCCGACCGAGAGCCUCGCACCUCCAGUCCUGAGCCUGCACCCUGCUCUGAUGCGUGUGUGAUUGAGCCCCUGACAGACACACACCUGUACUGUGUCUUUAAGAAGGAAGACAGGAGCCCUGUCGACAUCCAGGGAAUGGAGCCGUGGUAACCAUAGAGCCCAAAUUCUCCUCUUGUUUUCUUUACAUUGAUUUCCAGAAAAUAUGAUUUUUCUGAGAACCUUUCACCUCUGAUGUUCAGUGUUAUCGCAUAAGAUAUCCUGAUUAUAACCCCACCCUGCACACACACACACACACACACACCUUGGGUUCCUCCCUGUGCAGGGUCAUUGACACCAACGGGGGCAGUAUUCACAACAGCUGGAAGUGUGUUGUCCGACCUAUAAGGUUUGGUAUUGUUUGACCCUGUGUGUGUGUGCAUAUAUGCGUUAUUAUAAACGUGUACACGUGUGUGUAUGAGUUGUAUGAUAGAUCUGAAGGAAAUUACUCAAACGAAUGUCCCAAUAUGGUUAUCAAGAAGCAUCCAUUUCCCGAAUGUCUCAUCAGAUACAGUUGGAGGAGUUUAAGGCCAACCAAUUCAGAAGUGAAUAUUUAUUCUGUUCCUAUUUAAUGAGAUAAAAACAAGUUUGAAAUAUCAAUAUGUAUUAUGUUAUGUGAUGAGAUUAAAAAAAAUCAGUUAAGAUGAAUAUGUAUUAUGUUACUAUGUAAUAAAAAUAAACACAUGGGUUUUCUUCUCUGCUACUUAACAAUGGAAUUAAAUACAGCUUUGUUAUGCCUGUA